AUUUCCAAUGAAAUUAGAGCAACAAUCAUAGACCAUGUUCUGGUUCAUGGAAUGAGUAUGAGGGAAGCAGGACUACGUGUUCAACCAAAUAUAAGCCGGUUCUCUGUGGCCUCCAUUGUCAGGACAUUCAGUGAAGAGAACAGACUGGAAAGACUGCCACAUGCCGGUCGAAGGAGAGGUAUGUUCUCCCAACAGCAGGAGACCAUUAUUGUCAAUAUGGUCCUUCAAAAUAAUCUCAUUCAUCUGCGUGAAAUACAACAGCGAGUUGAGGAAGACCACGUGAAUUUUGAAGGAAUCAACAGUAUGAGUCUCUCCACAAUUGACCGUGUCCUGAAACGCAACCUGAUAAGUCUCAAACAAGCCUACAGAGUACCAUUUGAGAGAAAUUCUGAAAGGGUAAAAGAGCUACGAUAUCAAUAUGUACAAAGAAUGUUUCAACUGGAUUCCAUGGAGAGGCCUCAUGAGUGCAUCUUCUUGGAUGAAGCUGGCUUCAAUCUCUCCAAGAGGAGAAGGAGAGGCUGCAACAUUAUUGGUCAACGUGCCAUUGUAGAGUUGCCAGGGCAGCGUGGUGGCAACGUGACCAUAUGUGCUGCCAUCAGCAGCUACGGGGUUAUUCACCAUGUAACUCUAGGGCCUUACAACACUGCCCAUCUUCUAACGUUUCUGUAUGCUCUACAGGAAGUACUACUCAGACGUGAACAGAGAGGUGAUGAGCAGGCAGAGUAUCCCAUGUAUGUGGUAAUCUGGGACAAUGAACUUUCACCGUGGUCCUAGAAUUCGUGAGUGGUUUGAAAAUAACCCACGUUUUAUAAAUGUGUGCCUCCCACCAUACUCUCCCUUCCUUAAUCCAUUGAAGAAUUUUUUUUUUUUCUGCAUGGAGGUGGAAGGUCUAUGACAGAAAUCAUUAUGCACAGGAAAAUCUCAUUCAGUCAAUGGAUGCAGCAUGUGACAACCUUGGAGUGGAAGCGAUUAAAGGUUGAUUCGGCAUGCUAAAGGAUUUGUUCCCCGUUGUUUAGCAAGGGACAGGAUUGCCUGUGAUGUUGAUGAGGUCCUGUGGCCUGACCAUGCCCAGAGGCGUGCGUGCGUGCGUGCGUGUGAGAAACAUCGCAUUCAAUUCAGACAAAAAUAUCUAUUGAAGGAAACUGCUUAUUUUUGUUCCUUCUUUGAUUUUGUGUGAAGUCAUUAAAAUUCAAAGUGUAAAUAUAAGUUUGUCAUUUCUGUAUUGGCGUUUGUUGCUUGUGUUUUUACUGUGUUCUGAGUGACAGUGUGUGUUUCGAUGAGGAUUGUUCAAAAUGUUUCAGUGUACUGAGUCUGUUUUGAGGUGUGUGUGUGUGUGAAGAGUUGGGUUGUUUGGAAUGAGUUUUGCAGCUGGUGUGAACUGUUUAGCUCAGUUGGCAAAGCAGACUGUGGUAAGAGUGUUGUAAAUGUGGCUUCAGUUGUGACCAGUGUCGUUUAGCAAUUGAAAAAAACUAACAGCAGCAGUGAAAUGUGUUAGUGAUAAAACUGCAGUAGAAAAAAAGACUUAAGUCUGCUGCAGAGUUCAGUAUGUCCUUUGAUAUGUCAGAGGAAUAGCAAAUUAAGGAAAUGUAGUCUCAUGAAAUACAUAAGACAUGAAUGCAGAAGGUGUUUUG